UCCGGGGAUUAUCCAAACAUGGACGGCGGAGAUGAGAGAAAACGACAAAAUGGGUUUAAAUGACUUGAGCGGGCAAUUAAACUCAAACCUGAUGACUUAUUCGGGUCGGGACUGGGACGAGUUGGCCGGCGGCGAAUAAAAAGUGAGUCUAUUUGCUUUCUUUCUUCUUUCCGGCGACAGCAAAAACACGAGGCGGUUUGUUUACUUUCUGAUCGUUCCAAUGUUGACCGGUAGAUGGCCACGAUCCGCCACUCACCGAGAAACCUCGGCGGACAAUCGCGGGCUAUUCAAGCGGGCUCUCUCUGGUUCAAGAAAAUUACACGCCCAGCAGACCGAUGUAAGAUCGUAAAAUUGAUUCAAAGGAAGAGAAAUGAGAGCAGCACAAGGAAAGAAAACUCUAAGAUUGAAAGUCUGAAGAUCCUGUCGAUGGAACAAAUUUACAAGACCUUCAUGUACAUGGAAGUUGGUUCACUAAAAAAAUUGCCUAACACUCUGGUCCAAGAGUUUUUUGGCUUGAUCUCAAGAUCAACCUUCCACAAAAGUCUGACUGCUGGUCCCUCUUCUGUUGCUGCAGAUAGUAUGGUGCUUGUUGCGAUGCUCCUCAACACCUACACAACCGAAUUUGAUGGCCAAAAAGUCUUCUUGCCAAAAAUGCCUCUUCAAGAAUGGGAAAAAAUUUUCACAUACAUUUUAAACAAUUGUCCAAACAUGUCAAGAAUUUCUCAAACAAAAUUGUCCCAUUUGGAGCAUCCGUUAUGUCCCACGGACUUGCAAAAUUUGACCAAGUUGGAGCAUGUCAGCCUUUCCAGCUACGUAUUCACGGAUGAACACUUGCAUCUCAUUCAACAGCACCUUCCUCGGCUCAAGCACCUGGAAAUUAGCAUGGCGAAAAACACAGAAAAGGCGGCUGUUGCUUUUUCCAAAAUGCAGAACCUCAAACACCUCAGCAUCACACCGGGUUGUCAUUCUGAGCCAAUUGAUUUAGAACUUCUGGUCCACUGUGCUGGUCAAACACCCAAUCUGCAACAUAUGCAUCUUGCUGCCCUCCAGAUGGAUUUUGCCUUUUUGUUCGGAACAAUGUAUCCGUACAAAGAACUCGUAAUCGCAGAAAUAACCGUCUGGCUGCCAAUUGAAAGGGACUGGCCCUCCAAUGUUUCUGUCAAGUGCCUUUUCAUUGAAUGUUUCGAUAGAGAAUUGCAUGCUGAGAGACUGUCUUCUGUUCCUUGCUCACCUGCAGUGCUUGGUGUGAAUGCUGACCCCGACGAAAUUUACAUGCUUGUCAAGAUUCUCGGCCAGGACACCAACACAAUCAACAUCAAAAGAGAUCAGGUCGAGUCGGAAAAGAUGCCUCUUGACCUGUACGUCAUUCUUGAGCAUUGCCCUAAUUUAGAAAGUCUGAACUUCUACUCCAUUGGAUUCUGCGAACCUCACAACAUGAGAAAGUCACCGGAGGCGUUCAGAAAACUAAUUGAGUACAAUUUCCUCUUCAACAAUUCAACUUAUGAGUUGAACCAAGUCCUUGAAGAGGUCUCAAAAGUAAAUGAAUUUUACAAAAUGUUCCUACUCGGUUCAGAACGCCACAACUGCAAAGACGUAAUUGUUUACAACGUUGGCCAUAUUCUGGCUAUUUUGGAGGCUCUAGUGGAACGCCCUGACUGCCUCAAACCUUUGGAGGAUGUUAUUUUAUUUUUGCAACAUGAUCCUAUGUUGGACUUGGCCCUCAAAAUGGUCCAGUGCCUGAUCUUCCACUCGCCCAAUCUUAAAUCCAUUACAUGCAUCCUGAGUGAAACGACCUCCCUCAGGGAAAGUUCUGUUUACAGGGACCACAGCUGGUUUGAAGAAUUGGUCACUCAAAUUGGAAUUCGCUGCUUAUUUCUUCCAAGAAAAUUGUUCACUAAAAUAAGACAAAAUUAUUCUGGAGAUUCUGAUAGUGAUACGAGCAGCUCAGAAGAGGAGGAGAUGGAGAUUGAUGAUGAUGUUGUCAUGGAGUGAAUUCAACGGAGAGCCAAAGACCAACAAGAAAGGUGUUUCACCAUUUGAACACCAAUAUUUUCCCAAGCUCUUAAAGUUUCCUUUAAAAUUACAUUUUGAAAAAGAAUACUCUCGCAUUAGAGAAAUUUGCUUUUAAGAUAUUUUUUUGAGAGCCCUAUCGUAACUAAGUUUUGGGGCGCCUAAAUUGUUAUCUUGCAAGCUUGAAGAGUGCUAGAGCAGAGAUCAAGGUACUCUUGAUUUUAUAUAAAGGUCCGUAAUUAGACAUUUUCUGCUUUCUUUAUUUUCAUGAAUAAAAAAAAAUGUCUUAAUUUUUACAAAUGAAGACGUCUGCUUUAGUUCCAAUCAAAUCAAAGAAGACUUCUCAUAAUAUAUUUGAGCAAUUUAAUCACAUUCAACCUGAAAAACUUAAAUUAUUGUGGAAGUAUUUUUCUCAGCUUUACGAUGACCUCAUCAAAUUAUGGUAAUUCUAAUGAGUUGGUUUAUUUAAAGAAAAAUAGUUAUAAUAUAACUCCGCAUGGAUGUAUAAUAUAAAUUUAUAAUGAAAUCCAUGAACGAUUAUUUUAGUAUAAACAAGCCUGUCCUGUUGAAGAGGACUUGUCCAUUUGUUUCGGAGUGAUACAAUUGCAUUGUGAAAUCGAUCAGCAGGAAUAUCAAACGAUUUAAUUUCUCUCUAUAAUAAAAAAGUACCAAAAGCAGAUGUGU